AUCUGUGAAAUGUACUGAUUUCCGUAGAUUUCCGUGUUUCUUGAAAUCCUAUAUUGUUUCAUUUUAUUUAGUUUUUUAAAAGUGAUUUUCAUAUUACUUUCGAAGAAAUGCGAUAUUGAUUGGUUUAAAAAUAUGUUUUAGAAUUUGAAAGUAAAACAUAAAUUAGUUACAAAAAAGUAAAGGAAAGAGGAUGGAAAAUAAUUUAAGUCGGAGUGGUAGCCGCUCGAGUUCAGUAUGUGAACUCGAAAAGGACCUUAGUGAUAUGGAAAUUAUGAAAACUAGGACGAACCGAAGGAAUGUAAUUCUUCGAACACCACUAGCACGAAAAGCGAAAAGAAUAAGAUUUUUUCGAAAUGGUGACAAAUUUUAUUCCGGAGUUAUAAUUCCAGUCUUGCCAGAAAGAUACAGAUCCUUUGAUAGUUUAACUGCAGAUUUGACUAGAGUUUUAGUUGACAAUGUGACACUACCUAGUGGAGUCCGAACAAUAUAUUCACUUGAAGGUAGAAAAAUAGGAAAACUAGAUGAUUUAGAAGAUGGACAAUCAUAUGUUUGUAGUGGGUUUGGUGAACCAUUCAAGCGUUUGGACUAUGAGGCUAGUGCUGUGACUCCACAAUCAUUUAGAUUGAGUGGCCCAGAGUCUCUGAGUGAUAGUGCAAGCCCAUCUCCGGCCAGGGCAAACAAUAGAUUGUCCCGAUAUUUACAGACAAAUGGUAGCAGUACCACUGGCAAUGGAUCACCUAGAGUAAGCCCUGCAGGUGAUAAUGUAGUCCGGCCACGCAUAGUUACAAUUAUUAGGAAUGGGGUCAAACCCCGCAAGGUAUGCAGACUGCUAUUGAAUAAACGCAAUAGUCCAACUCUGGAACAUGCCUUAGCUGCUAUUACUGAGUGCAUUAAACUUGACACGGGCUGUGUACGCAAAGUGUUUACACAGUCUGGUUCCCCUGUCACUGCAUUACAUCAAUUCUUUGAAGAGGAAGAUGUGUUCUUUGCUUACGGAAAUGAGAGGGUUAACCAAGAGGAUUUUGAAUUAGAGUUUGAGGAAAGCAAAGCUGUCCUACAGUGUAGAAAAACACCAAUCACAAGAAAUUCAAGAUCGGGACCUAAACCUCGAAUGCCGGUUAAAGCUGGUGGAGCGGCUCGUAAAGAGAAUGAAGCGAGUGGUGCGGCCGGAGACAACGAGCAAUCACCGCUCGCUAAUCUUCUACCACAACCUCUACGUCUUAAGUACAAUGUGGGCAAAAUUAUAGGUGAUGGCAACUUUGCAGUUGUGAGAAUAUGUACAGACAAGACCUCAGGCAAAGAGUAUGCUUUGAAAGUGAUUGAUAAAGCCAAGUGUAAAGGAAAAGAACACUAUGUAGAGGCUGAGGUAAGAGUAAUGAGAAAACUCUGUCAUCCACGCAUUGUGUCGCUUAUUGAAGAACAGGAUAGUCCUGAAUGGCUUUUCCUUGUAAUGGAAUUAGUCAGUGGAGGAGACUUAUUCGAUAGUAUCGCAGCUGCUUCUAAAUUUUCCGAACCGCAAGCGCGUUUGCUAAUUGGUCACUUAACAUCCGCUAUUGCAUAUCUACACUCGCUUUCCAUUGUUCAUCGAGACAUCAAACCCGAAAACCUUCUGGUGGAAGUGGGACCAGAUGGCAGCAUACGGGGGUUGAAGUUGGCUGAUUUCGGCCUGGCCGUCGAAGUGUGGCGACCUCUACACGCGGUCUGCGGCACCCCUACUUAUGUCGCACCUGAGAUCUUACUUGAGACUGGAUAUGGUCUUAAAAUCGACGUGUGGGCGGCGGGCGUGAUCCUGUACAUCCUGCUGUGCGGGUUCCCGCCGUUCUCGUCCCCGGACGGCGACCAGGAGAAGCUGUUCGACGCGAUCCUGUCGGCGCGGCUCGAGUUCCCCGCGCCGCACUGGGAGCGCGUGUCGGCCGGCGCCAUCGACCUCGUCGCCAACAUGCUGCGCCCGCAGCCCGAGCUGCGCUUUGCCGCGGAGGACGUGCUCGACCACGCGUGGAUGUCGGAUGACUAUGAUGAAAUGUGUGACUUUCGCUCUUGGUACGAUGAGGAUUCUUCAUAGCUAUACGACGUCCACGCUAAAUCGUGAAUGCGGCUAUAUGACGGCUUAAAUCAAACACACGCGAUUUUUGCUAAGGUUUAGUGCCGCGCUCUUAUUUCUGCAUGCCUUGUCAUAUACUAUAAACACCAAAUACCAAAGUUAUUCCGUAAUAUACUGAAAAAGGGACAAUGAUGCUGCAUGCAUGUGUUCAAUUUUUAAUAAAAGCGUUUCGAUCCAUUUUUAAUGCGGCAGCGUCGUUAUGAUCAAUUCGAUUUUUAUAUUCAGUGUUUCUCCUAUUGAUACAAUUGUUAAGUGAUCAUCAAAUGAACUUCUUUUUUUUAUUUAUUUUUCUUAAUGUAAUAUCUUUCCAUAGUUAGUAUUUAUGUGGCUGUAAAACCAGUUUCUUUAGUAUUAUUUAGUUUUAUAUUUAUGAAUGAAUCAGAUGAUAGGUAAUGCAUUUAAGUGAUCUAUUAUUGAAUAUUCAUAUUAGAUUUGUUUGAUGUUUGUUUCUAAAAUUGAGAGUCGUAGAAAGCUUUUUUUUAUAAAUUGACGUUAAUCUAAGCCUGAAGACUGUUGAAUAUGCGCGGAAUUAUUGUAAAAUCUUUCACCUGCAUAAAGACAAAGCUGAUCCUAGUUGCUUUUUGUCAUUGUCUUCAUUGGUCAAUCUUUAUUUUGCAAAAAUUCUCAUCUUAAAAUAGGUUUAAAGAAUGUAUUUUAUAUUUUGUGUCUGUAAUAAAAUAUAGUAAUAUAUGUUCUUAUUAUGAAUAAACACCUCUUAAAUUUAUUUAUUGCACAUGCUUAUUAGUUGAAAGUAUUGUACAAUUAUUGCUAGGCAAAACAGGUACAAUUAAUAUUUGUGUUGAGAAGAAAUACACAUUCCUCAUAGCUUUCCAUAGUAUUACACAUCUGCCUCUUUUUGAAUGCUCAAAAAUAUCGAAAGUGCAACAGGGAUUGUACUUGUGCCAAAUGAUAUCAUCUUCAAAAUUAUUGGUCAUCUCGAUUUCUCAUUUUUAUUAUUCUAGUGUGAUUGUCAAAUUAAUUUCAAUUAAUAUAAACACGUGAGAUGGCUUUCCAAAAUAUGUACAUUUUAAUGACAUUCCCAUUUAUAACCUUAAUGGUUAGAUUGUCAAAAUGUGUGGACAAUAAAGUCUUAAUGGCGACGAUAGACAUCCCUCAAUAUUUUUAGACCCUCAUUUGCAAUAAUAUAUAUACAUUUAAUGUGAUAUACAACAUAAAACAUAUAUAAAUGUACUGUAUGAUUACUUUCAUUGUCAUAUUGUCACUCAUUGAAAUUUAUUUGCUUAUUAAUAAAUUAUUUAUUAAAAUA